UGGGAGUCGCUUCGAGUUCGGUGUCGCCCAGCCGGAUUUCUUUCUUCGCGUACUUUGCGCGAAUAAGUUUUGGAGCCUCGGUUGACAGCCUCUGGGUGAAAUUUGGCUUUUGUUCGUGAGAGAGGAAUUAUUCUUGACAGAAGUAUUUUAAAAUAGAAAUCGUUACAAUGGCUUCAGCAGUACUUAGUUCUGUUCCCACUACUGCUUCUCGUUUUGCCUUAUUGCAAGUCGAUAGUGGCAGUGGUUCUGAUUCUGAGCCUGGAAAAGGCAAAGGACGGAACACUGGAAAGUCUCAAGCAAGCAAAUCAACUACAAAUGAGAAAAAGAGAGAAAAAAGAAGAAAAAAGAAGGAACAGCAACAGAGUGAAGCAAAUGAGCUCAGGAAUCUUGCUUUUAAGAAAAUUCCCCAGAAAUCCUCCCAUGCCAUUUGUAAUGCUCACCAUGAGCUUUCAUUACCAAACCCAGUGCAGAAGGAUUCACGAGAAGAGAAUUGGCAAGAGUGGAGGCAAAGAGAUGAACAGCUGACAUCUGAAAUGUUUGAAGCAGAUCUUGAGAAGGCAUUGUUGCUAAGUAAAUUAGAAUAUGAAGAGCACAAAAAGGAGUAUGAAAAUGCUGAAAAUGUUUCAACUCAGUCAAAGGUUAUGAAUAAAAAAGAUAAAAGAAAGAAUCAUCAGGGAAAAGACCGGCCUCUCACAGUAUCACUAAAAGAUUUUCAAUCUGAAGAUCACCUUAGUAAAAAGACUGAGGAAUUGAGUUCUCAGACUUUAUCACAUGAUGGAGGAUUCUUCAAUAGACUGGAAGAUGAUGUUCAUAAAAUUCUUAUUAGAGAAAAAAGAAGAGAACAGCUUACAGAAUAUAAUGGAACAGAUAAUUGCGCAGCUCAUGAACACAACCAGGAAGUAGUUCUGAAAGAUGGAAGAAUUGAAAGACUAAAGUUGGAGCUUGAAAGAAAAGAUGCUGAAAUCCAGAAGCUGAAAAAUGUGAUCACUCAAUGGGAGGCAAAGUAUAAAGAAGUAAAGGCAAGAAAUGCACAGUUACUGAAAAUGCUUCAGGAAGGUGAAAUGAAAGAUAAAGCAGAAAUACUGCUGCAAGUUGAUGAAUCACAAAGUAUCAAGAAUGAGCUAACUAUACAGGUGACUUCACUUCAUGCUGCAUUAGAACAAGAAAGAUCGAAAGUGAAAGUCCUACAAGCAGAACUAGCCAAAUACCAGGGUGGCAGAAAGGGGAAAAGAAACUCUGAAUCCGACCAGUGUAGGUGAUUGCAUUAGCCUUUGAGGUCAACACAAAAAUUAAAACUUUCAGGGUUUUGCAAAAAUGUAUAUAUUUAAUGCUGUGCAACUGCUAAACUAUGCAGUUUUUGUUGAAGAAACAAAGUGAUUAGCUCACUAACAGUCUAUAAUUUUAUGUCCUUUUGGCUUAAAGUGAAAAGAAUAAAAAUAGAAUUCCAGCAGAAUUCACUGAUUAUUGUUUACUAUCCAUACUUCUUAUCACUUUAGUUUUUCAUCAGUCAAUAAAAUUAAUUUACUCUUCCACUAA